AUGAUAAAUCUAUCUAUCUAUCUAUCUAUCUAUCUAUCUAUCUAUCUAUCUAUCUAUCUAUCUUAUCGUUUCAUAUCUAUUUACGUUAAUUUAUUGUUUCUAUCUGUCUAUAUCAAUUCAUUAUCUAUCACCCUGACUAUCUCUCAGUCGAAAUUAAUUAUCUAUCUCAAUUCUUUAUCUAUCUAUCUAUCUAUCUUAGUCUGUUCAGAUCUAUCUAUCUAUCUAUCUAUCUAUCUAUCUAUCUAUCUAUCUAUCUAUCUCAGUCGUUUCAUAUCUAUUUAUUCUAAAUUAAUUAUCUAUCUCAAUUCCUUUAUCUAUCUAUCUAUCUAUCUAUCUAUCUAUCUAUCUAUCUAUCUUAGUCUGUUCAGAUCUAUCUAUCUAUCUAUCUAUCUAUCUAUCUAUCUAUCUAUUAUUUUUAAAGGUAUGUUUGUGUUUAUGCAUGUGGUUCAAUGUACGUCUCUUCCUUUCUUCCGGUACCAAUUACGCAUUUGUUUUUCGUCGCCGCUGCUUUCUAUAUUUUUUGUGUAUUACGCUUCAUUUACGUUCUUUCCCUCAAGUAUUCUUCUCUCCCCCAUCCUCUCUCGCUUCUUUCUUUCUUUAAAUCUAUCUAUCUAUCUAUCUAUCUAUCUAUCUAUCUAUCUAUCUAUCUAUCUAUCUCGCUGUUCCGACCAUCUCACCAUGGGUACUUCACGUUUUCUCGUAUCAUAUUCAUUGUUCCUUUACUUUUCUUUUCUUUUCUUUUCUUCUUUCUAUUUUUUCUUGUUUUUUUUUCUUCUUUUUCCUUCUAUUACCUCUUUCUGUUUCCGUUCUUCUUCUUUUACUUCUUUCUAUUCUAUUUUCUCUUCUUGUUUUUUUCUUCCUCUUUCUCUUUCUUUUUUCCUCUUUCUCAUUGUUAUUCUUCUUCUUUUUUUCUUUCAAUUCUUUCUCUUCUUGUUUUUUCUUCUUUUCUCUCUUUCUUUUUCCUCUUUCUUAUUUCCGUUCUUCUUCUUUUACUUCUUUCAAUUCUUUCUCUUCUUGUUUUUUUUCUUCCUCUUUCUCUCUUUCUUUUUCCUCUUUCUCAUUUCCGUUCUUCUUCUUCUUUUAUUUCUUUAUAUUCUUUCUCUUCUUGUUUUUUUUUCUUCCUCUUUCUCUCUUCCUUUUUCCUCUUUCUCAUUUCCGUUCUUCUUCUUCUUUUAUUUCUUUCUAUUCUUUCUCUUCUUGUUUUUCUUCCUCUUUCUCUCUUUCUUUUUCCUCUUUCUCAUUUCCGUUCUUCUUCUUUUACUUCUUUCUAUUCUUUCUCUUCUUGUUUUUUUUCUUCCUCUUUCUCUCUUUCUUUUUCCUCUUUCUCAUUUCCGUUCUUCUUCUUCUUUUACUUCUUUCUAUUCUUUCUCUUCUUGUUUUUUUUUCUUCCUCUUUCUCUCUUUCUUUUUCCUCUUUCUCAUUUCCGUUCUUCUUCUUUUACUUCUUUCUAUUCUUUCUUCUUGUUUUUUUUUUUUUUCUCUCUUUCCUUUUCCUCUUUCUCAUUUCCGUUUCUUCUUCUUUUUUUACUUCUUUCUAUUCUUUCUCUUCUUGUUUUUUCCUCUUUUCUCUCUUUCUUUUUCCUCUUUCUCAUUUCCGUUCUUCUUCUUUUACUUCUUUCUAUUCUUUCUCUUCUUGUUUUUUCCUCUUUUCUCUUUCUUUUUCCUCUUUCUCAUUUCCGUUCUUCUUCUUCUUUUACUUCUUUCUAUUCUUUCUCUUCUUGUUUUUUCUUUCCUCUUUCUCUCUUUCUUUUUCCUCUUUCUCAUUUCCGUUCUUCUUCUUCUUUUACUUCUUUCUAUUCUUUCUCUUCUUGUUUUUUUUCUUCCUUUUCUCUCUUUCCUUUUUUUCUUUUCUAUUUCCGUUCUUCUUCUUCUUUUACUUCUUUCUAUUCUUUCUCUUCUUGUUUUUUUUUUCCUUCUUUCUCUCUUUCUUUUUCCUCUUUCUCAUUUCCGUUCUUCUUCUUCUUUUACUUCUUUCUAUUCUUUCUCUUCUUGUUUUUUUUCUUCCUUUCUCUCUUUCUUUUUCCUCUUUCUCAUUUCCGUUCUUCUUCUUUUUUACUUCUUUCUAUUCUUUCUCUUCUUGUUUUUUUUCUUCCUCUUUCUCUCUUCCUUUUUCCUCUUUCUGUUUUUUUUUCUUCUUCUUUCUUUCUUUUUCUCAUUUCUUUCUUCUUCUUUUUUGUUUUUUUCUUCCUUUUUUUUCUCUUUCUUUUCCUCUUUCUCAUUUCCGUUCUUCUUCUUCUUUUACUUCUUUCUAUUCUUUUCUUCUUUUUUUUUUUCUUCCUCUUUCUUUCUUUUUUCCUCUUUCUCAUUUCCUUCUUCUUCUUUUCUCUUCUUUCUAUUCUUUUUCUUUUUUUUCUUCCUUUUUCUUUCUUUUUCCUCUUUUCUCAUUUCUUCUUCUUCUUCUUUUACUUCUUUCUAUUCUUUCUCUUCUUUUUUUUUCUUCCCUUUUCUCUUCCUUUUCCUCUUUCUCAUUUCCGUUCUUCUUCUUUUUUUCUUUCUUUUUCUUUCUCUUCUUGUUUUUUCUUCCUCUUUCUCUCUUUCUUUUUCCUCUUUCUCAUUUCCGUUCUUCUUCUUCUUUUACUUCUUUCUAUUCUUUCUCUUCUUGUUUUUUUUUUUCCUCUUUCUCUCUUUCUUUUUCUUUUUCUUUUUCCUUUCUUCUUCUUCUUUUCUUCUUUCAAUUCUUUCUCUUCUCCUUCUUUUUUCUUCUCCCUUUUCUCUCUUUUUUUCCUCUUUCUCAUUUCCGUUCUUCUUUUCUUUUACUUCUUUCUAUUCUUUUCUCUUCUUGUUUUUUUUCUUCCUCUUUCUCUUUUUUUUCCUCUUUCUCAUUUCGUUCUUCUUCUUUUUUCUUCUUUCAAUUCUUUCUCUUCUUUUUUUUCUUCCUCUUUUUCUCUUUCUUUUUUUUUCCUCUUUUCUUUUCUUCUUUUCUUUCUCUUCUUUCUAUUCUUUCUUUCUUUUUUUCUUUCUUUCUUCUUGUUUUUUUUUUUCUUUUUCAUUCUUUUUCUUCUUCUUUCUUUCCUUUUUUUUCUUUUCUUUCUUUCUUUUUUUUCUUUUUCCUCUUUUUAUUUCUUUUCAUUUUUUCUUUUUUCAUUUUUUUUUCUUUUCUUCUUUUCUCUUUCUCUUUUCUUUCUUCUUCUAUUUUUUUCUUCUUUUUUUUCUCUCUUUCUUUUUCCUCUUUCUCAUUUCCGUUCCUCUUCUUCUUUUACUUUUUUCUAUUCUUUCUCUUCUUGUUUUUUUUUUUCCUUUUUCUCUUUCUUUUUCUCUCUUUCUCUUUUCCGUUCUUCUUCUUCUUUUCCUUUUCUUUCUUUUCUUCUUGUUUUUUCUUCUUUUUCUCUCUUCUCUCUCUUUCUUUCUUUUCAUUGUUUUCUUCUUCUUUUUUCUUUCUAUUCUUUCUCUUCUUGUUUUUUUUUUUCCCCUUUUCUUUUUUCUCUUCUUUUCUUCUUCUUUUUCUUUUUUUCUAUUCUUUCUCUUCUUGUUUUUUUCUUUUCUUUCUCUCUUUCUUUUUCCUCUUUCUCAUUUCGUUCUUCUUCUUCUUUUUCUUCUUUCUAUUCUUUUCUCUUCUUUUUUUUUUUUCCUCUUUCUUUUUUUCCUCUUUCUCUUUCUGUUCUUCUUCUUCUUUUCUUCUUUCUAUUCUUUCUCUUUUCCUUUUUUUUUUCUCUUUCUUUUUUUCUUUUCUCUUUCUUUUUCCUUUUCUUCUUCUUUUAUUUUUCUUUUCUUUUCUUUUCUCUUCUUGUUUUUUUUCCUCUUUCUUUUCUUUUUUUCCUCUUUUUUUUUUCUUCUUUUUCUUUUUACUUCUUUUCUUUUCUUUUCUUUUUUUUUUUUUUCUUCCUCUUUUCUCUCUUCUUUUUCCUCUUUCUCAUUUCGUUUUUCUUCUUCUUCUUUUCUUUUUAUUCUUUCUCUUUUUCUUUUUUUUCUUCCUCUUUCUUUUUCUUUUCUUUUCCUCUCUUUCCUUUUCUUCUUUCCUUUUCUUUCUUUCCUUCUUUUUUUUUCUUUUCCUCUCUCUCUUUCUUUUCCUUUUUCUCAUUUCCUUUUUCUCUUUUUCUUUUCUUUUCUUUCUUUUCUUCUUUUUUUUCUUCCUCUUUCUCUCUUCCUUUUUUUUUUCUCAUUUCCUUUCUUCUUCUUUUUCUUUUACUUCUUUCUCUUCUUUUUCCUUUCUUCUUUUUUUUUCUUUCCUCUUUCUUUUCCAUUUUUUUCUUCUUCCUUUUCUAUUCUUUUUCUUGUUUUUUUCUUCUUUUUUCUUUCUUUUCUCUUUCUUUUCUCUUCUUCCUUCCUUUUUGUUUUUUUUUUCUCUUUCUUUUCUUUUUUCUCAUUUCGUUCUUCUUCUUUUUUACUUCUUUCUUUUUUUUCUUCUUUUUUUUUUCUUCCUCUUUCUCUCUUUCUUUUCCUCUUUCAUUUUUUCUCUUUCUUCUUUUUACUUCUUUUUCAAUUCUUUCUCUUCUUGUUUUUUUCUUCCUUUUUCUUUCUUUUUUUUCUCUUUCUUUCUUCUUUCUUUUUCUUCUUUUUUUUUUUCUCUUUUUUUCUCUUCUUCUCUUUUUUUCUUCUUUUCUUUCUUUCUUUUUCCUCUUUUCAUUUCUUGUUUUUUCUUCUUUUUUUCUUCUUUCCUUUUUUCAUUUUUCUUUUUUUUUUUUUCUUUUUCUUUCUUUUUUUCCCUCUUUCAUUUUCUUUUUUCUUCUUUUCUUUUUUCUUUCUUUUUCUCUUCUUGUUUUUUUUUUUUCCUUUUCUCUCUUCUUUUUUCCUCUUUCUUCUUUUUAAUUCUUCUUCUUUCUUUCUUUUUCAAUUCUUUUUUCUUCUUUUUUUUUUUCCUUUUCUUUUUUUCUUUUUCUUUUUCCUCUUUUUCUUUUUCUUCUUUUUUUCUUUUCCUUCUUUUCUUUCUCUUUUUUCUUUUUUUUUUCUUCCUCUUUCUCUUUCCUUUUCCUCUUUCUCAUUUCCUUUUAUUUCUUCUUCUUUUUCUUUCUUCUUUCUUUCUCUUUCUUUUUUUUUCUUUUUCUUUUCUUUUUUCCUCUUUCUCAUUUUUCUUCUUCUUCUUUUCUUUUCUUUCUUUCUUUCUCUUCUUGUUUUUUUUUUUUCUUUUUUUCUCUUUUUUCUUUAUCUUCUUUCUCUUUUCUUUUUUCUUCUUUCUCUCUUUUUUUUUCUUUUUCUCAUUUUUCUUCUUCUUUCUUUCUUUCUUUUUGUUUCCUCUUCUUUCUCUUUCUUUUCUCUCUUUCUUUCUCAUUUCUUUUUCUUCUCUUUCUUUCUUCUUUUUCCUUCUUUUCUCUUCUUUUUCCUUUUUCUCUUCUCUUUUUUUUUUUCCUUUUUUUUCCUUUCUUUUUCUUUUCCUUUCUUUUUGAAUUCUUUCUCUUCUUCUUUUUUUUCUUUUUCCUUUCUCUCUUUCUUUUUCCUUUUCAUUUCCGUUCUUCUUUUCUUUUACUUCUUUCUAUUCUUUUCUUUCUUCUUUUUUUCUUCUCUUCCUCUUUCUCUCUUUUCUUUUUCCAUCUUUCUCUUUUAUUUCUUUUAUUCUUUCUUCUUCUUUUUUUUUCCUCUUUCUUUCUUUUUCCUCUUUCUCUUCUUUUCUUUUUCUUCUUUUCCUCUAUUUUUCUUUUUUAUUUUUCCUUUUCUUUUUUUCUCUUUUUCUCAUUUAAAUUCCUUCUUCUUGUUUUUUCUUUCUUUUCUAUUUUUCUCUUCUUUGUUUUUUUUCUUCCUCUUUCUUUCUUUCUUUUCCUCUUUCUCAUUUCUUUUUCUUCUUCUUCUUUUUUUCUUUCAAUUCUUUCUUCUUUUUUUUUUUUUUCCUCUUUCUCUCUUUCUUUUCCUCUUUUUCAUUUCCGUUCUUCUUCUUCUUUUCUUCUUUCAAUUCUUUUCUCUUCUUUUUCUUCUUUCUUUUAUUUCUUUUUCAUUCUUUUUCUUUUGUUUUUUUCUUCUCUCUUUCUCUCUUUUUUUUUCCUCUUUCUCAUUUCUUUUUCUUUUCUUUUUUUUUUUUUUCUUUCUCUUCUUUUUUUUUCUUUUCCUCUUUUCUUUUCUUUUCCUCUUUUCUCAUUUCCGUUCUUCUUCUUUUUUCUUCUUUCUAUUUUUCUCUUUUUGUUUUUUCUUCCUCUUUCUCUCUUUCUUUUUCCUCUUUCUCAUUUUCCCUUCUUCUUCUUUUCUUUUUUUCUUCUUUCCUUCUUUCUCUUUUUUUUUUUUUCUUUCUCUCUUUUCUUUUCCUCUUUUCAUUUCCGUUCUUCUUCUUUUUUCUUUUUUUUUCUUUCUCUUCUUUUUUUUUUUUCUCUUUCUCUCUUUCUUUUUUCCUCUUUCUCAUUUCAAAAUUCUUUCUCUUCUUGUUUUUUUUCCUCUUUUCUCUUUUUUUUCCUCUUUUCUCAUUUUUUCUUUUCUUCUUUCUUUUUUUCUUUUUUUUCAUUUUUCUUUUCUUUCCUUUUUCUCUUUUUCUUUUUUCUUUUCUUUUUCCUCUUUCUCUUUUUGUUUCUUCUUCUUUUCCUUCUUUCAAUUCUUUCUCUUCUUGUUUUUUCUUUCUCUUUUUCUUUCUUUCUUUUCCUCUUUCUUUUUUUUUUUCUUCUUUCUUUUUUCUUUCUUAUUCUUUUCUUCUUUGUUUUUUUUUUUUUCUUCCUUUUUUCUCUCUUUCUUUUCCUCUUUUUCUUUUCAUUCUUCUUCUUCUUUUACUUCUUUCUUUUCUCUUUCUCUUCUUUUUUUUCUUUUCUUUCUCUCUCUUUUUUUCCUCUUUUUCUUUUUUUCUCUUCUUCUUCUUUUUUUUAAAAAUUUUUUUUCUCUUCUUUUUUUUUUUUUCCUCUUUCUCUUUCUUUUUUUUCUUUUCUUUCUUUCUUUUCUUUUUUUUUCUUUUUUCCUUUCUUUCAAUUCUUUUCUUUCUCUUCUUGUUUUUUUUUUUUCUUUCUCUGUUUUUCUUUCUUUUCCUUUUUCUUUCUUUUCCUUUCUUCUUCUUCUUUUUCUUUCUUUUCUUUCUUCUUUUUUUUCUUCCUCAUUUCUCUCUUCUUUUCCUCUUUCUCAUUUCGUUCUUCUUCUUCUUUUCUUUCUUUCUCUUCUUGUUUUUUCUCUUUUCUCUCUUUUUUUUCUCCAAUCUUCCUUUCUUCCUUUUUUCUUUCUUUCUUUUUUUCUCUUCUUUUUUUCUUUUCUUUCUUUCUUUCUUUCUUUUUUUUCUUCUUUUUUUUUUUUCAUCUUUCUCUCUUUUUUUUUCUUUUUUUUUUUUUCUUUUUCUUCCACUUCUUUUCUUCUUUUCUUUUCUUUCUUUUUCUUUUUUUUUUUUUUCUUUUCUUUUUUUCUUUUUUUUCUUCUUUCUUUUUCUUUUUUCUUCUUCUUCUUUUUUACUUUUUUCUAUUCUUUUCUCUUCUUUUUUUUUCUUCCUCUUUUCUCUUUCUUUUCCUCUUUCUCAUUUUUUUUCUUCUUCUUCUUUACUUCUUUUUUUUUCUUUUCUCUUCUUGUUUUCUCUUCCUCUUUCUCUCUUUCUUUUCCUCUUUCUCAUUUCGAAUUCUUUUUUCUUCUUUUUUUUUCUUUUUUUUCUCUUUCUUUUUCCUCUUUCUCUUUUUCUUAUUUCUUCUUCUUUUUACUUUCUUUUUCAAUUCUUUUCUUUCUUUUUUUUUCUUUCCUUCUUUCUCUCUCUUUCUUUUUUUCCUCUUUCUCAUUCUUUUCUUCUUUUUCUGGUUUUUCUAUUCUUUCUCUUCUUUUUUUUUUUCUUCUCUUUCUCUCUUUCUUUUUUCCUUUUUCUUUUUCCGUUCUUCUUUUUUUUCUUUCAAUUCUUUAUUUUCUUUUUUUUUUCUUCCUCUUUCUCUUUCUUUUCCUUUUCUCAUUUCUUUUCUUCUUCUUCUUUACUUUAAAUAUUCUUUUCUUCUUUUUUUUCGCAAAUUUUCUUUUCUUUUUCCUCUUUCUCAUUUCCGUUUCUUUCUUCUUUUUCACUUUUUUUUUCUUUUCCUUUUCUUUUUUUUUCUUCUCUUUUCUUUUUCUUUUUUCCUCUUUUUCUUCCUUCUUCUUCUUUUUUCUUUCUUUUCAAUUCUUUCUCUUCUUGUUUUUUUUCUUUUUUCUCUCUUUCUUUUUUCCUUUUUCUCAUUUCCAUUUCUUCUUUUUUUCUUCUUUGAAUUCUUUCUCUUCUUGUUUUUUUUUUCUUCCUCUUUCUCUCUUUCUUUUCCUCUUUUCAUUUUCCGUUCUUCUUCUUUUUACUUUCUAUUCUUUUCUCUUCUUUUUUUUUUCCUCUUUCUCUUUUCUUUUUUCUUUCUUUUCUGAAAUUUUUCUUCAAAAUUUUUACUUCUGA